CAUAUUCCUCUGAGGGGGCGGCUUUAAGGAGUUUUUAUCAGUGUGACCCAGCUGGGUUUGAUGGUGCAGUCUUCACACUUCUUCAGACUGAUACUGACACACAGACACGCUGGUGACGCUGUGUGUGUGUGCUGGCAUGUGGUGUUUUGCGCUCGUGUUGAAGGUGGUGCUGUCAUUGCUGGGCAGUGAGAUGACCGUGGCUCAGCUCUCGUGUCCUGAGGUGUGCUCCUGUGCGGCCGGUGUGGUGGACUGCAGUAAACGCGGCCUCACCACGGCCAGCCUGCCCUCCUCCUUCCCUCCAUACACCACCGAACUCCACCUGAACGACAACCAUCUGACAGCUCUGCCCAACGGCCUGCUGGACUCACUGCCUGCCCUGCGCCUGGCCGCCCUCCACGGGAACCCGUGGUCAUGUGACUGCGGCAUCCUUUAUCUGAGAGGCUGGCUGCUCAAACAGAGAGACAACAACUCCAUACGGAACGUCAGCUGCAGUUCUCCUGCUCACCUGCGGGGGCGCGUGCUCGCCUAUCUGUCCGAGCACGAGCUGCUGGAGUCCUGUCGUUACUGGCUGUGUAACCUGGCUCUGGCCUCUCAGAUCAGCCUCUUCAUCUUCAUCGCGGUGCAGGUGCUCCUGCUGGCCUCUGUCAUCCUCUUCCUCCGGAGGUUUGAGCUGCUCACGCAGGAGGCGCGACGCACGGCCGCGGAGAGCUUCACGGCGGAGGAUGACGCGACGCGCAGCGAUGAAUACGCGAUAUUAAAAGACAGGAGAUUGUAGGACGAGACGGUCUUAAACCAGACCAGAAGGAACGACUGUGUUCAUUUCAUUGUAAUAAUUUUGCACAGUUAAUUUUUAUUUGUCAUAUUAGAAUUUCUUUGUGUUGCUUUAAAAAAAAAUAUUUUAUUUGCAUACAAUCAGGCAAAAAAAAAAAAAAAACCCCGCUGAAUUUAGUUUAUACAAACAAAUAGCUAUUUACUGUAAAAACAAUUAAUAAAUAAAUGAAAAAAAAAAAAAAAAAAUAUAUAUAUAUAUAUAUAUAUAUAUAUAUAUAUAUAUAUAUAAAAACGUGAUCACGUCACUCUGUCCUUGGCAGUGUUGGGGAAAGUUAGGCUACUUUUAAAAGUAAUGUAAUACAAUAUUGCGUUACUCCUUAAAAAAAGUUGUUACUUAGUUACUUUUUAUGUAAAGUAAUGCGUUACGUUACUUUUGCAUUACUUUCUAAAUAUGAGCAGGGCUUGAUAUUUUUUAUAUAAAAAUAUAAAGAUAUAGAUUUUUUAAUAUAAGAAGCUCUGUUGAUUGCAAAUGUAAAAAGCCCUUUCACACCAAAACGUGUAAUGAAUAAACCUCAGGCUGAAGGAAAAGUAAAUUCACGUCUGUACAGUAAAAAAGCUGGAGAAGAACGUUUAACUCUUCAGCAAAAAAAUUACAAAAAAUUGUUAGUUCAUCUAAAAUUAUUUUUGCUUAUUAGUUUGGUUGAUCUGGAUUACAAAUGUCAGUAGCAAAGACAUUAGUUUGCAAAAUGGGAUUAGAUACAUUUGUGUUAUUUAACAUAUUUAAUUGUUGCAGGUUUGCAUCAUAUUCUGAGUUUUAAUUCAUUUUGAUAAAUACUAAAAACUUUUUUUUUUUGCAAACCUUUUUUUUUUUUUUUUUUUUUUUUUUUUUUUUUUUUUUUUUUUUUUUUUUUUUUGCAAGGGAUGAAUUCAUGCACAUUCACAUUUAGUCUAGAACUACACAGGGGAAGUCGUGGCCUAAUGGUUAGAGAGUUGGACUCCCAAUCGAAGGGUUGUGGGUUCUAGUCCCGGGCCGGACGGAAUUGUGGGUGGGGGUAGUGCAUGAACAGCUCUCUCUCCACCUUCAAUACCAUGACUUAGGUGCCCUUGAGCAAGGCAUCGAACCCCCAACUGCUCCCCGGGCACCGCAGCAUAAAUGGCUGCCCACUGCUCCGGGUGUGUGCUCACAGUGUGUGUGUGUGUGUGUGUUCAUACUUGGCUGAAUGUCACUUCACUUUCACUUUCACCAUAUACAUUGAUUUCUCCUAAUAUGGGGACAGGAGACUUAGUCAAUAAACAGGUAGUAACUGGCGUUAUUUUUUUGAAAAAGUAACUCAGAUAUUCUCUUGUACAUUAAAAAGUACUGUGUUGCACUGGUCCUUGGUCUCUCUACACUGGCUUCCUGUACAGUAUAUGACUGAUUUUAAGAUCAUUUUAUAGUGUAUAAAUCUUUGCAUGGCUUAUUAUCAGAUCUGCUAAUUGAGAAGCAGAUUGGAAGAAAAUUGAGAUCAACAACUCAAAAUUUACUUAAAAUUCCAAGAUCCAAGUUGCACCAAAAAUGUUGGAAUAGCUUAUACCAUUACAUGACUCCAUGUUCUUAAAAUACAGAUUAAGACACACUUGUUUGUCAUUGUGUAUUCUUCUUGUUGAUAAUAAAAAUCAUAGGUGAUGUUUUUUAAAUUAUUUCUUAUUCUGGUUUUAUACUGAGAUUGUGUAAAGCAAAUUGGUCAACGUGUUGUUUUAUAAGUGCUAUAUAAAUAAAAUUGACAGUGACA